UCCUCUCCUUCUCCACCUAACGAAUUUAACUCCUUUAUUUUCUCCCCUCUAAAACCUUCCGUGUCGGUAGAAAAAAUCCCGUGGAGAUCGCCGAGAACCCUAAAUCAUUUCUUUUUUUGCCUUGUAAUAAUCAAAAAGAAGAAGUUUGAGAGAAGAUGCUGCAGCUGUUAUUCACUCUAGCAUUCUCUGCGGUGCCGCUGACUCUGUAUAUUCCUCCGGUAAGAAGCCUGAAUCUGUUUGUGGAAACUAUGGAGGAGCUUUUCAGAGAGUCAAGAAUGUAUACUAAUAGACUCUAUCCACGUGCUCGGCACGUCUGGUCCAGGUUCUUGGAUUGUAUGCUUUGCAACUGGAGGCUAGAUUAGAUUAAACUUAAUUUUCAAAAUUCUAUGCAUAUAUAGAUUUUUUAUUUGAUUUCUCACUAAAAUGUUUUCUUCUUUUGAUUUGAUCGCGGAAUUUUUUUGAAAUUUAUGUAAUUGUAUGAGUAAUUGCGUAUCGCUGUUUAUAUUGACCAAUGAAGAAGACGGUCUUGUUUCUUCUUUUCAAUUUCUUGCCGUUCUUCUUCCAUGUUUGGAAGAAAUAUGUUUAGAAUUUAUGGAACGUUGAUUGCAAAUGAAUUCUUGCGAA